UAGAAAAAUUUUACGGCAGGUUUUACAUUUUAUCGUAUUAUAAAAAAAUUGUGCCCAAAGCCCUAAAGCCCCGUCUUCUCUGCUGGCUACCCUGGCUUUGUUUGCUUAAGCCCUACCCUUUCUCCUCCUCUCGUCAGCGAUGAAGCUCGUCAGGUUUUUGAUGAAGUUGAACAACGAGACUGUGUCUAUUGAGCUCAAGAACGGAACUGUUGUUAACGGCACCAUUACAGGAGUGGAUAUUAGCAUGAACACACAUCUGAAGACUGUGAAACUUACACUAAAGGGAAAAAAUCCUGUAAAUCUUGAUCACCUGAGUGUUAGGGGAAACAAUAUACGGUAUUACAUCCUUCCUGACAGCAUAAAUCUCGAGACAUUACUGGUGGAAGAAACACCCAGGGUCAAGCCCAAGAAGCCUACUGCUGGUACACCCAAUAAUCUUUGGCUGCAAUUCCUUGCGUUUUGGAGUCAUGUGCGUGUGGGUUUAGUGAAGUCUAUGUCCUGUCAAUAUUAUUUCAUUUUUAAUUUUAUUUUGGUCAUUUGUAUCAAUGCAGGGAGGCCUUUGGGGCGUGGUCGGGGCAGGGGCCGUGGUCGUGGACGUGGUCGAGGCCGUUAACUCAUGUUUCUUUGGUUCCAAUUUUUCUUUUUUGUGCUGGCUAUGUACACACCUGUGUUGUAGUGAAAGACUUAAUUGGAGAUUAGUUACCCAGAAGAGCAAGGAAGGAAAGGGCUGAUAUUUUGCUAAUGAAAAUUUUUAGUAGCACGUGGCUAGUGGCUAGCCAGUGCUUUCUUAGUUAAAUGCUUAGAAUGAGAAUGGAAGAUGCUGCUUCUUGGUUCCUUAUAUUUCUAUACGUUUUGUGUGUAUUUUAUGUAGGAUUCUCCCAUGCAGUUUUCUAUUGAUGAUGAGUUGAGCAGCCA